CGUCACUAUUUUCUUGUUGGCAUAUGUUCUUGUCCCUUACACUGCAGUGUCUUAUAUUGUGGCAGCAGAAGUAAAGCUGAAACAGAAAUAUUUUAAACAUGGAAACAAUAAGAGUUGCUCUUAUUGGUAAAACCGGAGCUGGAAAGAGUGCCUUGGGUAAUACGUUACUCGGAAAGAAACAAUUCAAGUCUACAGCCGCAUCAGAAUCUGUAACAAUCAAAUGUGAGGCCAAGACGGGAAUUCUACCAAAUGGUAGAGCAAUAAGAGUAGUAGACACACCAGGUAUUAUGGAUACAGAGGGCAGAGAUGUUCGGGAUGAAGUAACAAAAGCCAUUGCUGCUUUAUCGCCAGGCCCACACGCAUUUCUGAUUGUUUUGCAGCCAGGACGAGCAACAGCAGAAGAAAAAAAGGUCAUCAAACAGCUGAGAGGUCUCUUUGGUGAUGAAGCAUUCAUGGAACAUACAAUUAUAGUGAUGACAAGAAAAGCGGAUAUUCAAGACGAAAACGAAGAUCCUAUCUCUAUCCAACAGUAUAUGCACAAAUAUGCUGCUGAUGAUGUUAAAGAUUUAUACAGGCGAUGCGGUAGAAGAAUUGUGGCCGUUGAAAAUAAACAUGCUUCUGAACAUGAAAAGCAAAAAUAUGCGCAGGAAGUUAUUGAUGAAGUGGUUAAAAUGGGUGGUUUCUACUCACAUGCAUAUUUCAAAUUAAUGCAACAAAAGAAAAUCCAGGAAGAAGAAACAAGACGAUUGAGACGAGAAAUUGAAAGAGUUGCGGCAGAGCAGGAGAGGGGUUUUUGCUCUAUUCUAUAA